UUCCUCGGCAACCUCUCGGCGUCUUCCAUCUCUCCCGCCCACGAUCUCAGUGACCAUUCAGAAACUGAAGUGAAGAAAUCUAGCAUAUUGCCAGCUGCUGUACCACCACCUAUAGCUGAAUCUCCACUAUCACUGAAGGACUUAUCUGUGAUGGAAAGACCAGCAUCUGUAGACCAGCCAUCUGUCAUGGAACUGCCAAAGCCUGCAGACCAUCUGGUUGUUGAGAACUCGCGAGGUUCUGAGGACCAAUUUCCCAUACCUAGUGGAAACUCACCUGAGAUUAGGUCACCUGUGGGUGAACAGCUUGGUUUCAAAGUCCAAAUAUCCAUGUCUGAAUCCUCACAGUCUUGCAGUAAAAUGUCUCUGAAUGAAUCAGCAGCAGCUGUAGUUCACCCAACAGAGAAAGCAUGUGAAAUAUCAGAGCAGCCAGUGGUGUAUGAAGACCCUUUUGAAGCCUCCGUUAACUAUGUGGAGAAACAUAAUAUUCUGCAGAUAUUUCAGGAGAUCACAGCAAAACUGUUGUAUGAGAAACCUGAUGACCCUUUGCAGUUCAUGUUGUUGCAGGUGCAGUCCAUGAUAAAUGCCAGGCAGGCAGAAAUGGAAGGAGUAUCAGACGAUCACAGAGAUACAGAGGAAUUUCUGGGAGAAGUCCUGGGCACCCCUUCGGGCUUCUACUGACCUUACUGUUGUGGUAUUUCACAGGGCCUUUUUCCAGCAUUGUGUUUUUACAACCAGUGGAAGUACCUUUGAAAAAGUCUGCUGGUAUCUCUGUUUCCUGAUUUCUCUGUUCUGUAUGCUUGCAUUUCCUCUUUUAUUUUAAGUAAGUCCUGCAACCAAGUAUCAAUUUGGAUGAGCAAACUUAAACCUGAAAGAAUGCAUGGACCUACAUGCACAUGUGGCGCAUCCUGAAAAAGCUGGGCUGCUGAACUCUUGUCUGGUCUAUACAUACAAAUGCACAAAUACCACAUUUAGGCCACUUCUAGUCUCUACUUUUCUGUGCAGAGAAACAAUGCGAUGUAAAAUUAAAAAGUAAUCCUGGACAGCCUUUCUUUUUCAUGAAGCAGUGGUGGCAUACUGUCUCAAACUAUACAGUAACACUAAUGUCCAUCUAACAGAUUGAAAUCCGAGAGGCUGGGUCUGUGGUUUUUCUGCUGCCCCCAAAGCUCCUCUGUUACAUGGAUGUAACUAUUUUUUCCACACAAGUGGCAGCAGCUGUUUCACCCUUAACCAUUCUUGUUGGUUUCAGAUCACUCUGCUUUUUGAUGUUGUCUUGCUUGUAUCAUUGCAAGUAUAGAAUGUAUUUUGAUAAACAUAACUGCAAAGCAGUAGUUGCAUAUGUGGCUCUGUGGCUUCAAAAGGUAUUGCCAGUAAGGAAAGUGAAAGGUGAAUGAAACUAAACCAACCAAAACGGAGCACUGGUAGCGCAGCAAAAUCAGAGUUAAGAAUGGCACUUUGCAAAUACAUCACUUGAACUGCUUUUAAUUCUCAAAACACUUGCAAUGCUCAUUUUCAUAUUUUCCAAGUGAUGGUUUUCACCCUCUAAGGGACAUUUGUCUUUCUUUACUCUUGUCUGCAGAUCAUUGAAAAUAUGCAAUAGUGCAUACAAUUAUUUUGUCAUCAUUUCAUGUGUAUGUGCAAUAGGUUCCAGAAAUAGGCUUCUUUUUGUCACUACAUACUUCUCUUUUUUAGGCAAGUGUUCUGAUUCCAUGAUGGAUGGUAGCAUGUUCCCAAAAAUCUGUCUUUGGCUAUGGAAGGAGCACCACAGAAACUUAUCUUCCAUCUAUUUCUUUGUAGCUAAAAGUCUGAUGAUCAGAUUGUGCAACACGCCACAGCAGAGCUUGGGCCCAAGACAUUGGGAAAUAACUGAAACAAGUAUUCAGCAUGCAGAUGCUGUGUUUGAGCCUUUCAAUCAAAGGCUCUCAAAAAAGAUGAGGUAACUCUUUUUUUCCAGGUUAAAAAAUCUUAAAACAGUUGUGUUAACUCCUGUGUUUCUAAGUUAAAGGCAGGUAAGCACCUCUGUCAUUUACAAAGCAGGCAGGUUUUUCAAGCCUAAAGGUAGCUGAAGAUCCAGAUAGAUCUUCAUUGGUUUUAUUAGAGGUGUGAUGUAGACUUAGGUGUCUAGGCCCCACUGAAGAGCUGAAAUGCUCUUGAAAGCCCUACUUAUCAUCAGCAACCAGAACAGGACCCUUAAUGAAGCAGAGUGAAUGUUUUUCAGCCUUAUAUAUUUCUGUUCAAGGGUUUAUAAGUGGUCCCGUACAUUCACUCACUGUGAAUGUAGGAGAAGUGCUAAUAAUGUAUCUCCAUGAAGCAGGAAAUGAGUGGAAGAUAGUCAACUUUACAUGAACAUACUGGCUGAGGUCUUUUGAUCUCUGUCAUCACUUAUCAGCACAUUUUCCAAGAGAGGAAGGUGUUGUCAUGUCUUUGAAUUUUGCUGUAAAACAGGAUUGAGGUACUUCUGGGGACACUUAGAUGUGAAAUUCCUAUGUUUGUGCCAUUUUCAUAUUGUAUUUUCUUGUUCUGUUUUACAUAUGGAAACCUUGUGAACUGUGAUAUAUUAUCUUACAAUAGGUGUAUGCCUUCAGCUUCACAUCAGUUUUAAGUGAGUAUUGAAAGGAAAGAUCCUUAAUUUCUCCUUCAGAUAAAUUGAGAGCUGGAGAGUAGUUUUCCUAAAGAUAAUGGAAGUUUUGCAAGAAACACCCUACACAGUGUUCCUCAGCAAUCUCAGGGCCUAAAUUUUCCUUAUCUUGUGCAAAGUCACUACAUGGUAGCAAGAAGUUCUCUCCAGUGCUCAUAAGCGUCUGUCUCUCCAUUCUAAGGAUUAAGCUCCCUCUCCUUUGAGAAGCAGCAGUUGUGUAGCAGUGUAUGUGGCUGCACUCAGGGCAGCUGUGUGGGCCUGCAACUGUCUUGCAUGGAUGGCAUGAGAAAGCAGUAGGCUUGGGGACAAUGCCCAUACCAAUCCCAGUAGGGUCUUUAAUAGAAAAUCCUGGGAAACUUCAUAAGGCAUAUGAGGUGACAUGUUGCUUCCUUCUCCUCAAGCCUUGUAGAUAACUGGAUUGUAUUUUGAACUGUAUAUACAUAUAUAUGUACUUUUUUUUUUUUUUUUGAGAAAUUCAGGCUAGGAACUUCAGUUUUGAAAAUGAAAGUAUUCUUCAGAAGAUGUGCAGAUGAUUGUGUUUAGGCUGAUACAACACCACAGUCCUUUUUGAUUUGCUUCAAAGCUUUACUGAAAAACAGACCUUAGCUCUAAGAAAAUUCUACCUCACAUUAAGGCACUAAUGCACCACUGAUGUUUGUGUGUGUGAAGGCUUUUCUGCCGUGAAGAAAAGGAGAAAAGCUAGAUUUAAAAUGGAAACAUUUAUUGUGGUCUUAAUUCCAGAGUGACUGUCUUUUUUCCAAGAUUUCUUUCCCAAGCCAUUGGAUCCAUGUGUCUUCUUCAUGAGUGGACAUUUAUCAACAUGACAUAAAGCCCUCAUUUAAUUGCUCGCUUUGGGUGCUCUGAAGGAACCAACAGUUCAUUGUGUGUAACUGAAACUAUUCCAUAUAAGUCCCUGUAUCACGCUAGUCACUGUAGAUUUGAAUGCCCUCCAAUAGCGCGUUAAGCAACAUGACUAACAUUUGCUGUUUGUUUUUCCCCCUCCAUAAGGGAGAUGUGUGCACACUGACGUGCAUUCUUUCUAAAAGAGUGUUGUGAAUUUUUUUCAUCCACACCUGUGCAUUGCUUUGCUUUGUUAAUGGAUAGGAACACGCUAUGAACUGGGAGGUGGAGAGGCUGGAAAUAGUUUGUUGUUCCCAGGGGUGUCGUUUCUGUAGUUUGAUCUGGGCACCUAGGAAGUGUGGUAUUUUCACAGAUGAGAUUUGUUGUUUAUCCAUGAGCUGACGCAGAAGCAUGAUGUCCAUUUCAGAUGACAAAUAGCACUGUUUUGUCAUGCUCAGACCAUUUCUGGUGUGAAUCUUAUAGAAAGUAAUUGUACACGCCUUGAAAUAUGUGUCACAGAUCAAAAUGCCAGACUCAUUUUUUGCAUUCUCUGUACAGAACUAAUCAACUGAUGUACCCAAGCAGUAGUAUGUUACCAGUAUACUGUCUCUUGCCAAGUAAAAAGAAAAAAAGAAGAUAUUAAAAAUCUUGUAACUGCUGAUUAAAAAUCCUUUGAAAUGUUCACACAGUCUCUAUUCUGCUUCUUAGCUGAAGUGCACAGGAAGGGUAGCUCUUCAAUGGUCUGCCACUUACAGAUAGCUGAGACAUUCCUUUGUGACUCACUGGAUAUGAAUCACAUCUACGUAACACCAAUUUAAAGUUAGUUUAAUGCCACUGAUUUUGAAGUUUCACAAUCAUGUGAAACUUAAAAUACUCAGCAGCAACUAUUCUGAGCCUGCAUGUCUAAAAUGGAAGAAAUUAACCUCUGCAUGAAGUCUAAUAAAGAGCUUGGAUUAGGGGAGGACUCAAGCUGAAGACGAAGGAAUUUGUAAGAGCUUAGAAUGGGAAUACACCAGGGAACUGACCUAACCCUGUCUGAAAUGCCUUCAGGUUGUAUUCAAGGGAAAGUUUCUCCUGACUGUUCUUACAGCCAGAAGAAAUGCAGAAGAAAAAGAGGAAACGUUCUGUUAAAGUCAGUCUUUAGUAUUCAUGACCGCGUUGAUUUUUUGGAACUAUCUUCAUUGGCAGCAUUAAUGUAGCAACUUCAUCAGAAGUUUUGGACUAUAUUUCAACAAAUGAAAAAGGAGAAUUUGACUUGUUGAGGUGAUGUGCGUUGGAGGAAGAGACACUUAUCAUUCUCUCUUGGGGAAAAGUGGUGAGCUGGAAUGUCACUCCAGAACAGUAAAAGGCAAAACAACCCCAGGAGGUUUCUGUACACAUAAUUCAAGAUCAGAGAACACAGACACUGCAGUAUUUAGUCUGUUCUAGAAAUGCCAAGUGCAAACGAACAGAGUGGCUCUUCCUUCUUUC